AUGCGGCCAAGGACCAGCAACAACCAAGUCCGGGCUUUCGUAGACGACGCCGGCAUCGCAAACCAGUUUCCCGCCUUGAACGAGCCGUACAAAAAGCACGAGCAACGAGUGUGCAUGGACGGGGCGGAGCGGGCAACGCGGCGCGGAUGACGUGCGCUAUCAAGGGCUGGAGGACCGCUCCUGAACCACACACGCACUUGAAACAUCAGGUGGCUUGAUAGGCAUUGCACGUCACGUGAGGCGGUGGGCGCUUUUCUGUGUGCUGUGGCUAUCGCGGGAUGUACUUUGGACCUGUGCCAAGGCGGUGGGCCCACCGACGUCGCUUGCGAGCGGUCUUCGAUCCACGUUGUGAAGCUCUGACGAUGAUGGACAUGAACUUGGCGAGGCGUUCAGGGGGUUCCAACCUUUACGAAAGCUUGGAGUCUUUCUCGGUCGCCUGCGACAAGGGAGAAGACAAGGCCAGUCGGCUACGUGCGAACGAGCCAAACAAAACGAAACGACAACCGAGCCGGGGGGAGGGAACAGGGGGAAUAAGCGUAGAAAGAUGCAAUUCGAGGGCACGACCGCAGCUUGGGGAGAGCAGGAAGGAGAUGGCAGAAGAUGCCAGCGACUCAUGUGCAGACUGAAUGUGUUGGAGUUGGCAGGAAUACCAGCCAUGUCUCCCUUUCAUGUUUUGUCGCCAAACCCCUUCGUCCCAUCGCCGAUGCGAUGUUGUUUGUUUUUUGGUGGUGACUGGUUGUUUUUCAGACUGACUUUUGUGUCUGCGCACGCCAAGGGAUGAGCCCGGCCGGCGGGAAGUUCGCAUGGAUUGUCCCGGCAAAGCAUGGGUAGAGGAUGCAGGUAUCAACGGUGUCAUAAUCUUGAACCCCCCCUGCAUUAUAUUUGUAGGCAUGUGUGUGGAAUGGUAUGGCCAGUGUAACUCCCACGUUGAUACACCCCUGCCUAGCACAUGGGGGCACAAGGUUAGAAUCCAUACCGUGUUUGUAUUUAUCUUUGAUUGGUAAUCUUUGGCACCGCAUACCGAGCGGGAGCGAUAGGGCCUCGCUUUUUUUGGGUGUGAAUGCCCC